AUGCAGGAAGAAAAGAAGCCAUCCAAACCAUUGAACAAGGAUAACUUCUUUGGAAAGGUUAAUAAUGAAAUGAUUAAUAGUUCAUUUGAUGAAGCACAACAAACAUUGAGAAGGAUUGUCGAAAGUGAUCCUAAAAACGCCAAAACUAUUAUUGCUUCAAUCUCUAAAAUCAUAAUCGAACAGGAAAUACCAGUUUCGAAUACGCAAUAUUUAAUUCAAUCAGAAUUAGAUGAUCAAGAUAGAAAAGAUAUUAUAAAUAGAGUCAACAAAAUAUUGGGUGAUAAUUUUAAGGUGAAAGAAUUUCGAAAUUUUGCGAUUAAAGCUUCACGAAUCAUCAAUGUACCAAUUACUGACCUGGUUUUAAACAAGCCAUUUUUACUAGGAUGGUUCAAAGAUAACAUCGACACCAUCCAAAAAGCUAAAGAGAAAGGCUUAUUUGAUUAA